AUGUCAAUACGACCAGAAAAUGAGUCGGCAGGUGGUGGUGGUGGUGUGUCACCAUACAGGACCCUCCUGAAGUAUGCUAGAGAAUAUACCCAUUCGAAGGAUGGUCAGAGUAAACACCCCAUUGGGCUCAUGAUGUGCGGAUUGAAUGCCGGCCUCAUGCAGUCUUUAAUAUUCAACCCAUAUGAUAGAGCACUUUAUCUCACCAUAAAGCACAGCAAGGAUACCUCGGGGUACCAUAGGAGCUUCCUGGACCGACGGAAUUGGCCCCAACGACCAGGGCAGUAUUUUGAGGGCGUCGGCCCGGCGGUGCUCCAGAAGGCUGUCAGCUUCGGACUAUACUUUCCUAUGGAGGAAUUGUUCUUAUCCUCCCCCCUGGUCGAGAAAGCUGGAGGGGCCUGGCUCGCUGGCACACUAGCAGGCCUCGCGAAUGGCAUCUUCACGACGCCGUUCAACGCUGUGAAGUUCUCAAUAUGGCGGACUGCUCCUCAAGCCUACUCCAAUCCAGCUACGGCAGUCACUGUCCUCAAAGAUCCCUAUUGUCGACUCUUCGUAUCGGAUGGGGAUCAAUUCGGACGUAAAGGGUGUUGUGUAUUCGGAGGAUAUCUUAUGGAGUUUAGUAGCCCUAUGGAUGUCGGAGGUACCAAGAGAGCAUCGGAGGUCUUUGCUGCAGAGAAGGGCUCUACCCGAAGCAUCAUCCUCCCAUUCAAGGCUCCUGCUUAUGCCCAAUAUGGACCUCCAGAUGCCGUGACGAGGUUCAACAUGAGCGAGUUCUGUUGGUCUCUGUGUUUUCACCCGACCUUCCUAUCACGACUUUUCUACGAGGGAUUCCUCCCGAUAUGCACCGACAUAGGUGGAGGGGACGAUGCUAGCCAUGCCACCCCAUUGUAUCUUCUUCUGCCCAAACUCCAUCGGCAGCGCUCCGUCAUAAGGCACUUACCCAUAGACUUACACAUACACAAGAAAGUGCGGAAGAAGGCGGGACAAUUCGAGCUCUCCUUCGACACUGACUUCGAUGCCGUGGUAGAGCGUUGUCAUCGUCAACACGGUAUAGCCUGGCUGUACCCUCCUAUAGUGAACUCUCUUAGUGAGGCAGUUAUCGCUAUCUUGACAUAUGUCGAUCGACUUCAGAAGCGAUACACCAGCAUCCAGAGGGUCUUGGUAGUAGUCCCAAGAGGCACAGCGGAGGUCGCCCUGUGCCCUCCUCUGACUGCUCCUCGACAUCCUCUUCAUCUACCACCGAUAAGUUACACCUCCCUCACCGGGUUCUACGACUCUGAUUGCCCCGGUUCGGGUUCGGUCCAGAUGUGUGCCCUUGGGGCCUACCUCGCCAACGAAGGCUUGGCCCAGAUGUGGGACAUAGGGAUGGAUAUGCUAUAUAAACGGGAUUUGGGAGCCAACAGUGUUCCUCGUGAGGACUUCAUUCGAAUAUUCCGACAACUUCGAGAUGAAAGAUCUCCAUCAGACCUGGCCUGUCGUUCAGGAAGGAACUGUCGUGAGAUCAUUGAUGUCUACCUCUACACUAAAAGGGAGGAGGAGGAGGACUAG